AGCAAACCCGAUCCCGACUCCGGACAGCACAGCUAGCUUUCAAAGGUCCAGUCAUACCCGCCAUCACAACGACGACUACAGCAUCGUCCCUCUCCCAACGACAAGAUCCUCUACCUCCCCUCGCACUGAUAAAGAAGCAAUCGAGAAUUGUGCCCUCUGCGACUCAAUUGCCUCACCCCCGUCCCCGCCCGAGUCCCCGAACGAUCGACGAGAAAACCCUACGGCAGAGGAACCAUACCGCCCUCAACCCCCACCACGAACGCACCGUACAUCACAAUCCAAACCAACACGAUGCGUCUUCUCACUCAGACCCCCACCGCCGCAGCGCGCGCCAUCUCUCAAGCUAGGGCGAUGCCAAUCCAGUCGCUCGCCACACGAACCUUUACGAGUACCACGAUACAACGGUCCGCCGACCACGCGGAUCACUACGAUCCUCCUAGUGGAUGGCUGUUUGGUGUGAAGCCGGGUGAGAAGGCGGAGAAGGAGGGUUGGGAAAACAUCUGGAUUUAUGGCUUCUUUGGGAGUCUUGGUUUGGGGGUUAUUGGGUAUGCUUUUAAGCCUGAUACUUCGUGAGUUGUGCCUCUUUCUUUUUUUCUUGCCGCGGAGUUUGCUUUCUGCGUACAUGCGGAGGGUAUUGGAAUGGGUGAUGAAUGGGGAGAGGUGAAGUGAGAUGGAACGGGAUGUGUUAGGGGUAGAUGUGGGAUGGAUCGGGGGUGUAUUUGAAUAGCGUUGAGAGAAUAUUGAAUUUGCAAGAAACCAGAAGCUAAUGUAGUCCCUCAACAGGAUACAAGCUUGGGCCCUCGAAGAAGCACGAAGAAGAUUAGAAGUCGAAGGUAUCCUCGCCGAACCAGAGAGCAAAUCGUAAUAUCCCCUCACCGUAGGGCAUCGCAGGGGUCUUUCGCUUCGGCAUCGAGUCGAGAACACACGAACAUACAAAAGCAUCUUAGAUGGCUGUUGAGUCUGAAGCGUGGUGGUUGUACAUAAGACGGAAUCGGGUGUGAUUUUUCCUUGGGUUUUUUUUUGGGCUUUUGCGAUUUUUGCUGUGUGAUGGAGGGGUAGGGAGAG